GACGCGCGUUCUCCCGCAGAGGAGCGCGUACGCCCCCGACGCCCCCCAAACAUACGCACUUUCCGCGCUCGUUCGCGCUGCUCUUGACGCUCGUCGGUCGGUUGGCGCGGAGCGACGAUGUGGAUCCAGAUCCGCACGAUCGACGGCAAAGAGACGCGGACGGUGGAGGAUCUGUCGCGCCUCACGAAGAUCGAGUCGCUGCGCGUCAAGAUCCGCGACAUCUUCAACGUCAAGCCCGAGCAGCAGAGGCUCUUCUACCGAGGAAAACAGAUGGAAGAUGGCCAGACACUCUUCGAUUACAACGUUGGUCUUAAUGACAUCGUCCAGCUGCUCAUUCGCUCGCAGACCGACCCCCCGGACAGCCCCUCCCUCAACAACGGCGAGGGUGUGGCCUGUGAUGUAGCCCCACCCACCACAGCAUCUGUCCCCACCUCAGCCACACCCACCACAACAGUCGUUUCCCCAGCAACUGUCGCCAACAGCAACGGAAACGGGUCCAAGCCCUGCAGUCCGUCUCCAGAAAGCCAGCCGUCCACCUCCAGCCGGACACUCCUCAUCGAUCCCGGGAUCGGACUCUUCAGAGUGAAUGAGUUGGUGGACUGCAGGGACGUCAGCAUCGGAGCCUGGUUCGAAGGCGUGAUUGAGAAGGUCUCUCCGGCCUCUAAAGGACAGAACGGCCGAGCGGGAACAGCGCCCCCUGUGGCCAGGGUGGGCCGACCCAGCAAACGCAGUCACUGCAAGCUGGAGACGGAGACGAGCGCCGCCCCUUCAUCAUCAUCAUCAGCAGCAUCCAGUCACAGCACAGCGCUAAACUCAGACAGCAGCGAACCGUCGACGUCCAAACCGGGUCCUGAGCACGUCUCCUACCACAUUAAAUAUGAAGAUUAUCCGGAGAACGGCGUGGUGGAGAUGAGCGCAGAUAACGUUCGCCCGAGGGCCAGGACUGUGCUGCGCUUCGACCAGCUGCAGGUGGGUGACCUGGUGAUGGUCAACUAUAACCUGGAGAAUCCUGAGGAGCGAGGCUUCUGGUACGACGCUGAGAUCACGAGCCUCAACGCCGUCUCACGCACCAACAAAGAGAUCCGCGUCAGGAUCCUGCUCGGAGGACCGGGUGAUGUGAUUGGUGACUGUAAGCUGCAGUUUCUGGAUGAGGUUUACAGGAUCGAGAAACCAGGAGCACCCGGACUGUGUGCGGCCGACGGCCCGUUCAAACGUAAGACGGGUCCGGAGUGUAAGCACUGUAAAGCGGACCCGGACGCUGAGUGUCGGUUCUGCUCGUGUUGUGUGUGUGGAGGGAAGCAGGACGCUCACAUGCAGCUGCUGUGUGACGAGUGUAACAUGGCCUUCCACAUCUACUGCCUGACCCCUCCGCUGACCGCCAUCCCAGAGGACGAGGACUGGUACUGUCCCACCUGUAAGAACGACAGCAGCGAGGUGGUCAAAGCUGGAGAGAAACUCAGAACCAGCAAGAAGAAGUCCAAGAUGCCUUCAGCCACUACAGAGAGCCAGAGAGACUGGGGCAAGGGGAUGGCGUGUGUGGGCCGCACUAAAGAGUGCACAAUCGUCCCCUCCAAUCACUACGGCCCUGUUCCCGGCGUUCCCGUCGGAACCACCUGGAAGUUCCGUGUUCAGGUGAGCGAGGCGGGCGUACACAGGCCUCACGUCGGAGGGAUUCACGGACGCAGUAACGAUGGCUCGUACUCGCUGGUGCUCGCCGGAGGAUUCGAGGAUGAAGUUGACCGGGGUGAUGAGUUCACCUACACCGGCAGCGGAGGUCGUGACCUCUCAGGAAACAAGCGUAUCGGAGAGCACUCGUUCGAUCAGACGCUCACACACAUGAACAGGGCUCUGGCGCUGAACUGUGACGCGCCUCUGAAUGACAAGGACGGGGCGGAGUCUCGCAACUGGAGAGCGGGAAAACCAGUGAGAGUGAUUCGCAGCUCGAAGGGCCGACGGAUCAGCAAAUACGCACCGGAGGAGGGAAACCGCUACGACGGCAUUUACAAGGUGGUGAAAUACUGGCCGGAGAUUGGGAAGUGUGGAUUCCUGGUGUGGAGAUACCUGCUGCGGCGGGACGACCUGGAGCCGGCGCCCUGGACUCCGGAAGGGAUCGAGCGCAGCAAGAAACUCGGCCUCAAAGUCCAGUAUCCUCCUGGGUAUCUGGAGGCCAUGGCCAAUAAGACGAAGCGUGAGGCGACGGUGCGAUCGGUGGGCGGCUCGAAGCGCGGCAGGAAGAGAGGACGACCCCGAACCACACGACCGUCCAAGAGAGUCGAGGAGGAAGAGGAGGAGAAACCAGCAGAGCACACGGAGGAAGAGCUUCAGAGCAACGGCAGCGCAGAUGCUCACGAGGAGGAGAACACAGGUGUGUGUGAGCCGCAGGUCAAGCGUCAGAAGGAAGUGGAGUCGUUCGCUCUCUCAGAGGAGCAGCAGAGUCUGAUACAGGACGAUGAACCCAACAGGAAGCUGUGGGACGAAGCGCUGAGCUUCCUGUCUGAGGGACCGAACUUCCUGCGGAAGGUGGAGCAGCUGUUCAUGUGUGUUUGCUGUCAGGAGCUGUCCUUCCAACCCGUCACCACCGAGUGUUCACACAACGUCUGCAAGACGUGUCUGCAGCGCUCGUUCCGAGCCGAGGUCUUCUCUUGUCCCGCCUGUCGUCAUGAUCUGGGCAAAGACUACACCAUGAGCCUCAACAAAACCCUUCAGCUGCUCCUGGAUCAGUUCUUCCCCGGAUACAGCAAAGGACGAUGAAUCUGAUCCACAACAAAUGGACAAAGAUCUGCUCUCUCCGCACAAGCGUCUUACACACACACACACACACACACACACACACACACACACACACACACCAGUCUGACAUCUGUGUUCACAACCACAAACCCCACAGAUGCUGGGACUCGAACCCUGACACACAUCAUGAACAUCAGCCUCUGGAUCAUCAGUGACAACAAACUCUAAUUAAUGUUACGUGAGAAUCAAACCCUGUCAAAAACACGUCCAAUUCAUUUCACCCCCCCCCCUCCAAAAAAUUAUAUAUAUAUAUAUAUAUAUAUAUAUAUAUAUAUAUAUAUAUAUAUAUAUAUAUAUAUAUAUAUAUAUAUAUAUAUAUAUGAAGUAUUAAUAAUUCACAUGAUUAUUUCAUAUAAAUAAAUGUAAUAAUAAUUUAAUUAUAAUCAUUUAAUUACGACUAUGUAGUUAAAUAUUUAUUCAACAAAUAACUAUAAAAUAAUUAAUAUUUUGCACAAAAUAAGCCUAUUUUUAUGAUAAUUAGCAUUGUGACACACUUCAACACAUUUUAUCCCAAAUUCUUGUGAAUUUUUCCAGAUGUUUUAGUUUUGAAUUUUUAUUUCUCUUUAGUUUCAAUGAUUUUCAAGUCUAAAUAUUGUUUAAAAAAAAGAUUUUUGUUAUUAAAAAAGUAAAUAGAGCCAGUUCAACAAUGUGUAAAUUCUUUUAAUAUGUAUUGUUUUUAUAUUUACUUUUAAUAUUUAAAAUGUUUAAAUACAAUUCUAAAAACAAAAAAUAAUAUAUGUUUUUUUUUUGGCAUAAAAUGUGUUUAAAUUUAAUACAAAAUAAUGUCACUAUUCACUAUUUACUAUUUAAUUGUCAUUAAAAUAGGCUUUAUUUUCUUAAUGCAGAAUAUAAUUUUAUGUACCUUUAGUUCAUUUGGGAGUGAACUGAGUCGAACAUGUUGACAGGAAUCGAAUGAUUGAAUCUUUGAUUCGCUGGAGUCAUGAAGCUCAAAGCUGCGGUGAAAUGGAGAAUCAGUGCGAAUCUCUCCAGAUCUGGAAGCAUCUUCUGAUGUUUCUCCAUCUUCAGCUGGAUCGUCGUGACAGAUGGAGCGAAUCCGCUGCUGAAUCCUCGCGAACCUGACCCGGAGCGUUCCUCUGUUCCCUGAUGUUCCCUUCAGUUGUUUCUCUUCGUCUCUUUUCGUGGUGAUGUCGUUUUCCUCCCAGACAUCUGUUUUUGUUUUUCAGGAACUGCAGAUGUACGAUGUUUAUCCGCUCGUCUGUGACGCGUGUCAUUCCCACAACGAUAUCCCAUCGUUGAUUUCCAGUGCUGGCUUUCCUCUCGUCUGUGAUCUUGGCUGUUUUCUCUCACGCUCUCGCUCUUCUGCUGCGCUUUCCUGUGGUGUUUUAUGUUUUAUUGCACUUACUGACGAUGAGAAACGAGAUUGUGACGGAGCCGUCGGUUUAUUUUCCCACCUGUUUCGACUUUUACCGUUCGCUGUUUCAGUGUGGGAGAUCUGAUCUGCGGUCCCGGCAGAAACAUUGCUUUGAAUCGUGAUUCCGAAUUUUAUACAUGGUAUAAUACUUAUGUACUUAUUAAAUAUUUUGAUUCCAGAA